AUGCUACUGUCUUUGCUAGCUGUCUUCGCCAUUAUCGGCCUAACAAGCGCGUUACACGCCUCCGAAGCCGGCGUGGUCGAUUGGCAGAAGAGUUUGGUUGGCGUACCUUUGACCUAUACCACCUCGCUGUCGCCCGCAUUCCACCGCGUCCAUGACACUGUAAACACGACGCGAAGCGUGAUUCUGACUGCCACUGGGAAUAAUGUUCUGGCAGCGUUGGAUCCCGUGGACGGUUCAGUCGCUGUUGCUGCUCUCUCAGGUCCCGGAGGCGCAACCUUACGAAUAUUCGAUGCACUAACCGGGCAGCUACUGCUUGAGAACCGACUCCAUGCCCCAUCAUCUGGACACCUCUCAGAGCCUAUAGACCUCGGCACGGCUCUUUCUCUACAACCUACGGAAAACACCCGACCACAUAUUUUCGUGCUCACAAACGGCCACAGUGUGCGCCUUAUAGAUGGUUCCACGGGAGACAUGAAGUGGGGAUGGACAUCCGCUGACCAGACCUCCAAAGUUAUAUACACGAAGCUCGUCGCGACGUCGUCGACCGUCUACCUCAUUGGCCUGUCCAAGUCUAUCCAGUCCAACACCCUCCAUAUCACCUCCCUGUCUGCAAGCACGGGUGAGCUUAUCGAAGACGUGGACGUGCCUUCGAAUAUCGCCGAAGGACCCGCAGACAUCAUCCCACUUACCUCCGUUUCCGGUGCAGAGCCCCGCCUCGCAUGGUUCGACCGGGGCGCGAUCCGAUCCAUGCUGCUUACUCCCGACCUGAAGGACAAGCCUGCGAGCACGAAGGAGGCGCGGUACCGUCGGGUCAUCGACGUGAACCUGGGAGAAGAGCGUGGAAUAUUUGUCGCGAUACAGCAUGACGGCUCGGCUCGCGUAUUCAGGAUUGACGAGGAAGGGCCUGGAGUGAAGGCAAUAUGGGAGUUCGCUGACUCCGCGGACUCUGGCCGCUACGCGCCGUCUAUUUAUUCGGGCGGGCUCGACAAGGAGGGGAACCCGUACGUCUCGCGGGUGUUCUGGUCUCAUGUUCUCGGAAAAGCUAGCGUCCACGUAUUUGCGCCUCACUUGGCGGAUGGUAAGGGUCUCGUCUCCGGUUUCGCGUUCCCCUUCGAUACCCGCACGCACGGUAUUAUCAAUCACGUAUGCGUACUUUGCCCACAUAUGAACGGCGUUGCGGUAGAUAAUGCUCACCCAGGUGGUUUUACCGUCUUGACCCGGCUCUUCGUGACCACGACGACGGGCGCCGUCCAAUUCUGGCAGCGCGACGUGCUGGAGUGGACGAGAGAGGAGUCCCUUGCUAGUAUCAGCGCAGCCGAGUUUGUGGACUUGCCGGAAGAGCAAGUUGUCCAUUCACACAAUGCCGAAAGUUUCGUGCAGAGAGUCGUACGACAUAUCAUUGACGCGAAGGACUUCCCGCGAUAUCUCGCAGCCUUUGUUAACCGCUUUCUUACGGGAUCGUACGAGACAACUUCGUCCGUGCUGCCCUCUGCGGUCAAUGCCAGCGGUCUCCUGACCCGUGACACGUUCGGAUUCCGCAAAGUCAUCGUCGCUGCGACUGGCUUUGGUAAAAUCUACGGGCUGGAUUCUAGCACAGGUGAUGUAUUGUGGAGCCGAAUCCUCGGUCUCGGAUGGGCCGCGGAAGUCGGUGCUGUGAUACGCCCACUGAAGAUCUACGUGACGAGAACAGUGGCGGAUGGAGACACUCCACAGGUCGUCGUCGUAACCCAGAGGAGGGCGGAGAAUACCCUUGUGGAUACCGUGCUGUUCCACAUUGACGCAUUGACGGGUGAAGAUGCGAGGGGGGCUUCUCCCUCCGGUGAGGUCCUUCAGGGCCUUGAUAUCAUCUCCGGGCCGCUGGUCGACAUGUUCUUCCUUCCGGGAGAGAAGAAGGUCGUCGUUCUUAUCGACGAGUUCCUAGGGGUUCAUCUUUACCCUGACAACGACGAAAGCCAGGAGGCCUUUACCAAGGUAGCCAAGUCACUCUACCUCCCUCUUCGAGCAGGCGUGCCGGGCAAUAGACGACUAGUAGGUCAUCAAGUCCACCCGAACCCCGAGCUCCACGAUCACUACUUCGCCUCCCCUAUUUGGACAACCGAUUUCCCUGCUUCAGAAGACGUCCUCUCCAUUAUUCGACCUUCUCAUAGUCAGCCUGUGGCCUCCCUGGGGAAAGUCCUGGGGAACCGCACGACUUUGUAUAAAUACCUCAACCCAAACCUGCUGGCUGUUGUGACUGCUUCGAAAACGGUGUCCAAAUGUUCGAUAUACGUCGUAGAUAGUGUCAAGGGCAGCAUCCUCUAUCAUGUCUCGCUUCCCGCACCGGACGGUGACUGUGAUGUGAAGGCGAAUUUGGUCGAGAAUUGGCUGGUGUAUACGUAUUACAACGGCGAGGGCGACCGGCUUGGCCAGACCAAAGGUCAAACUCUGGUCUCUGUGGAGUUCUACGAGGGAAAUAAACCCGAUGAUAAAACGCGCAGUUCUGAUAUUUCUUCAUAUUCGGAGAAGAGCACGCAUAUCACCGCCUACGAACAAGCUUUCCUACUCCCGCAUGGCAUAACUGCUUUAUCUUCGACCGCGACGAAAUUCGGCAUCACGACCAAAGACAUCAUAGUUGCAUACCAGAAUAACCAAAUCCAAUCCAUACCUCGCCGUCUACUCGAUCCUCGGAGACCGAAGCGCAAGCCCACCUCCGAAGAGAUGGAAGAAAUGCUGAUUCAAUAUGACCCGCUCCUUCCAUAUGAGCCCCGUGCCGUUUUAUCGCAUAAUUAUCAGGUUGCAAAUGUCCAGAGGGUUAUCACCUCUCCAGCCUUGCUCGAAUCGACGUCGUUGGUCUUCGCUUAUGGUCUCGAUCUCUUCCAUACGCGAGUCACGCCCUCUGGGACAUUCGACGUAUUGAGUGAAAACUUCAACAAGGCCCAGCUUGUCUUUACUGUUGGCGGUUUGCUGGCUGCCAUAAUAAUCACAAAGCCGAUGGUGCAGAGGAAAAAAUUGAGGGAAAGGUGGUAUCAAUAA